UGACUACCCUCGAGGUAGGUGUUUUACCUGCAGAGAAACAGUUCGGAAAUCCUGAAAACGUAUCACAAAGAUGGGGCUGUACAGUACAAUUGCACUCUGCCUAUGUUUGGGAAUGAUUACAGAAGGAAGAAAUGCUUUCCGGGCAAUGUUCCCUGAGAAAUUCCCUCCAAUGUUGAAAAACGGAGUUGACCCCGGGAAGCCGCUGUUCUUGACUCCGUAUCUGGAAAAAGGCCAGAUUGAUUUGGCUCGCCAGCUUAGUCUGGUCGGACCACUGAAUGGUACCAAUGUCAAAAGUUACUCUGGUUACUUGACUGUCAACAAAACCUACAACAGUAACCUUUUCUUCUGGUUUUUUCCUGCCCAGAAGGACCCCAUGAAUGCCCCAGUGUUGCUAUGGUUACAAGGUGGACCCGGUGGAUCCUCACUAUUUGGACUGUUUGUGGAACAUGGACCUUUUUUCGUUGAUGCAGAUACAAAUUUACAUCCAAGAAAUAUAACCUGGAACAGCAAGUACUCCAUGCUGUAUAUAGAUAACCCUGCUGGCACAGGAUUCAGUUUUACUGACAAUGAUGCGGGUUACGCCACAAAUGAGGAGGAGGUGGGCAGAGACCUGUACAGUGCCCUGACUCAGUUUUUUCAAAUUUACAAUGAGUACCAGGCAAAUGAUUUUUAUGUCACUGGGGAGUCCUAUGCUGGGAAAUACGUACCUGCCAUCUCUUACACAAUCCACAUGAACAACCCUGGAGCUAAGGUCAAGAUAAACCUGAAGGGGCUGGCCAUUGGGGACGGAUUGAUCGACCCAGUUACUAUGAUCCCCAAAUAUGCAGAUUUUAUGUACAACAUCGGGGUCCUUGACGAGAGUGAGAGGGAUUACUUCCAAAACGGCACGGAUCAAACUGUCGCUCUCAUCAACCAGGGGAAAUGGCUUGAUGCAUUCAAGAUUUUUGAUGCCUUGCUCAAUGGGGAUGUCACUAAAGGCCCAGCUUUUUUCGUCAAUGUCACAGGGUGCACUGAUUAUUAUAACUUCCUUCGCACUCAGGAACCAGCAGACUACGGUUACUAUGGCAACCUUUUGGCUAAGCCAGAGGUGAGAAAAGCGAUCCAUGUGGGUGAUCUUCCUUACAACGCCGGAGAUAAAGUGGAAAUGCAUCUGCUGACGGAUUUCCUUCAGUCCACCAAACCCUGGCUGGCUGUUUUGAUGGACAAUUACAAAGUGAUGAUCUACAACGGUCAGUUAGACAUCAUCAUUGCCAUUCCACUGACCGAGGCCUUCCUGCCCACUGUCCAGUGGAGUGGUCAGCAGCAGUACCUGAAGGCCAAGAAGACUGUGUGGAAGAUCAACAAGUCUGAUACUGAAGUGGCGGGCUUCGUGAGACAAGUCGGGGAUUUCUACCAGGUGAUCGUCCGGGGUGCAGGACAUAUCCUUCCUCACGACCAACCAGAACGCGGCUUUGAUAUGAUUGACAGGUUUAUUUCUGGAAAACCAUUCACAGGAUAAUUUGUUGUUGUGUUUUAAUUAUCAUACCAUGAAUUCAAUAAUGAAUUAAUUUUAGAGCUUAAAAGAAUAUUGUCACAGAUUUUGAUAUUUUUAAUAACAGUGGUUAUGUUGUAUAUUGGAAUAUUUUUUGUAAAUGUUUAUUGAGUAAAUAUCAGUUAUUUUAAAAGAAAGAUAGUUUUUAAAAAGUAAACAAACAGUGAUGUACAUUUACAUUUAUGUUUGUAAAUGGUAAUCAGUAAGUAUUCAAAAUGUUCAGUACAAAACAGGAGUGCACAUAAAUUUACCAAUGCUCUGUUUGAAAACUGUAUGGGUAAAUAUAGAUAGAUCAAGAAAAACAGCAGGAUUUCAAGAACCAAAAUAAUUGUUAUUCAUGUUACAUGAACUUUUGCUCAUAGAAAGUGUAAAAGUUUGUUCAAAUACUGCAUUUAAGCUGUAAAAAUGUUUUUCAUGUGGUGAGAAACCUGGAGACAUACAUUGUAUUUUGAUAUUUCAUGAUAUUUGAUGACUGUUAAGUGCAAGGUGAUGUACGGUGCUCCGUUGUUUUUUGGGGGAUGCACAACAUCAAGAGUGGAAUUGCUCUAUCAAAUUAAAGUAAAAAAAAACACAGAGAAAUAUUUCGUGCAUUUCAACUCACUGAACUCUCCACACAAAAUCAAAUAUUAUUCAAAAAAAUUAUUUUAGGUGUCUCUAGCUUACAUGCACCACAUUCCUUUCAUCCCACCUUAUUUCUCCACCAAGCCAUUUCCCUGCACCACAUUCCUUUAAUCCCACCUUAUUUCUCCACCAAGCCAUUUCCCUGCACCACAUUCCUUUAAUCCCACCUUAUUUCUCCACCAAGCCAUUUCCCUGCACCACAUUCCUUUCAUCCUACCUUAUUUCUCCACCAAACCAUUUCCCUGCACCACAUUCCUUUCAUCCUACCUUAUUUCUCCACCAAACCAUUUCCCUGCACCACAUUCCUUUCAUCCCACCUUAUUUCUCCACUAAAUCAUUUCCCUGUGCUACAACUCCUGAUAUUGCCUCUGCAACAUUUCCAUUUCCGCUAGUGUUUUUUAACAUUUUAUCAGUACUACUUACACUUUAUGUCCACUGUCUAUAUGUCCACAACCUUUAUGUCCACAGCCUAUAUGUCCACAACCUAUAUGUCCACAGCCUAUAUGUCCACAACCUUUAAGUCCACAGCCUAUAUGUCCACAGCCUAUAUGUCCACAACCUUUAAGUCCACAGCCUAUAUGUCCACAGCCUAUAUGUCCACAACCUUUAAGUCCACAGCCUAUAUGUCCACAGCCUAUAUGUCCACAGCCUAUAUGUCCACAACCUUUAUGUCCACAGCCUAUAUGUCCACAACCUUUAUGUCCACAACCUUUAUGUCCACAGCCUAUAUGUCCACAACCUUUAUGUCCACAGCCUAUAUGUCCACAACCUUUAUGUCCACAACCUUUAAGUCCACAGCCUAUAUGCCCACAGCCUAUGUGUCCACAACCUUUAAGUCCACAACCUUUAUGUCCACAGCCUAUAUAUCCACAGCCUAUAUGUCCACAACCUUUAAGUCCACAACCUUUAUGUCCACAGCCUAUAUGUCCACAACCUUUAUGUCCACAGCCUAUAUGUCCACAACCUUUAUGUCCACAACCUUUAAGUCCACAGCCUAUAUGCCCACAGCCUAUAUGUCCACAACCUUUAAGUCCACAACCUUUAUGUCCACAGCCUAUAUGUCCACGGUCUUUAUGUCCACAACCUUUAUGUCCAC